AUGGAAGGCACAAAAUAUAUUCUUUCAAUUGACGGAGGUGGGAUUCGAGGUAUCAUUCCAGCCACGAUUAUCUCCGAAUUCGAAAAAAGAGUAACAGAAAUAAUAAAAAAGGAAAAUCCUGAUAAACCAGAUAUUGACAUAAAAUGUUCAGAUUUAUUUGAUAUAAUUGCUGGUACCUCAACAGGCUCAAUACUCGCUUUAGCACUAUCAGUGGGUAAAAAUAAUCGUCCAAAAUAUUCUGGUGAUUUUAUGGUGAAGUUUUAUCAUGAACAUGGAUAUGACGUCUUUCCUGAUCAUUCAGCAUUUAAAUUUAUCGAUCAUUUAAUGAACAGUUCUGAUAAAUUGCUACAUGCUUUUCAUAUAAGAGCCACCGUAUCCAAUGUAAUUCAUAAUGUCACUGAUUGUAUUCAUAAUAUUGAGACCAAAUUUGCUCAUGAUAAUACCGAAAACCCUGUUGAUAAUACUGAAAACUCUGUUGAUAAUAUUGAAACCUCUGUUGAUAAUACUGAGAAACCU